UCUAUUACCUAAAUUUUAAAGUUGGUUAUUAUUAUGUGAUAUUGUGAUGGGUUUGAGGUCGUAGGCAAUGAACGUUGACACAAUGACACUUGAAUAUCACCACCUGCAAACAAUGAUAAUAUUACGAAAUCGGCAUAUACCACAUAGGGGUGGCAUCAUGUUUAAAAACUUAUGCACCAUACCUUUUGGAAAACAAAAUCUGUGGCUCUUCCGCAGGUGCCAUUUCUGCGUGCUGUCUACUUUGUGACAUACCUCUAGAACUGAUGACACGUCAAAUGUUAGAUAUUGUAAAAGAAUCAAGAUCAAAAGCAUUAGGUCCAUUUAGUCCUUCUAUGAACAUAACAGAACAUUUAUACAAUCGUCUAAAUAAGGAUUUACCUGAUGAUGCGCACAAACGAGUAAGUGGUAAAUUAUUUGUGUCACUAACAAGAGUGCCAGAUGGUAAAAAUGUCAUUAUGUCUCAAUUUUCUAGCAAGGAAGAAGUAAUACAAGUAUUAUUAGCUAGUGCUUUUAUUCCAGUAUUUUCUGGAUUUGUGCCACCUUUAGUUGGUAAAUACAGGUAUAUUGACGGUGGAUUUACUGACAAUUUACCUAUACUUGAUAAAAAUACUAUAACUAUUUCACCAUUUAGCGGUCUUACUGAUAUUUGUCCCUGCGACAAUCCUAUUCAAAAGUAUUUAUUAAAGAUAUCAAAUAAUAGUUUUGAAGUAACUAAAACAAAUUGUUUCCGAGUAGCUAGAAUAAUGUUUCCACCAGAACCAGAGAUGCUCGCUAAAUUAUGUUAUCAAGGUUUUGAUGAUGCUCUAAUAUUUUUACAAAAAUAUAAUUUAAUUACUUGUAACAUGUGUUUAAUUCAGCGAAAAUGUUUUGUAUUAUCCAAGAAAAAUAUUUAUGAGAUGGCUGGCUACAAUUCAUCAUGUAUUGAUUGCAAAUGGAAUAAUGCUUUUUCUAAAGUUCAAGGAAUGCCUUAUUUCAUCACAUACACUUUAGACAGAUACAUUGACUCACAUAAUAGCAUUUUUAACGGAUUCUUAAAGUCUAAAGGUAUGCUAUUAGCAAAAUUAUUCACUUUACCUUACAUUGUUGUGGCAGAUUUAGCUUGUGAAUUUAUAAUGAAGAUUAUGCGUUCUUCAAAACAUUUUCAGAAGUCUAUGUGGACAUUGUCUAAGUAUGCUAUAAAUAGUUUAUUGCAUUUUAUUGAUAUUUUUAGUGUAACAGGUUUGGAGUUUGUUAACAAAAUAUUAUCCUAUAGUUGUAAGUCAAUUGAAACUCAUGGAGAAGAUUCAUCCUAUUAUUAUUACUAUAACAAAAGGUUUGAAUAUUCAAAGUGUAUAAAAUGUUCAAAACAUUGCCUAAAAUAUUUUUUUGAUUACAGUCUAACAGCUUCAUCUAUUACAAUUGAUUCUAGUGGUUAUACUUCAACUGAACUGUUUAUACUCAAAUCAGUCAAAUUGCAUGAUGAUAACGUUAAAUCUAUUGGUUAUGAAAAAUAUAGUAGUACAUGUUGGAAUCUCUCUUUAACCUCAGAAAUAACAUUAAAAACAUCAAGUAAAAUUACUGCUAAUGAAACAGAAUAUACUACAAAAGAAGUAUUAACUAAAUAAACCUAUAUGCAACUUACCUAUAUGCUAUAGAUGAUCUAUUUGAUAAGAUUAUAUUGUUUAAAGCUUGAGUAAAAGUUAUACAAUAUUAUUGACCUUAGACAAUUGGGAAACGUAUUGCAACCAUAGAUGAAAUUGAUCACUUGAGACACUUGUGAAUUUCGAAUAAACUUAACUAUGUAUUAAAAAUUAUUGAAAAUUCUACAUACAUUUUAUUGCUUGGUUCAAUGUAUUGUAUUCAAAAUGUUAUUUAUACUUUUUUGUAUUUUUGAAAAAUAGUAAAUCAUUUAAAUUAGUCACAAAUAGCUUUAAAGACUAAGGUUUUUUUUUAUAUAAUAACAUGUUUUUAUCAUUCUAUUGUCUUAAUUUUUAUUUUAUUUUAGAUAUAUACCUACUAAUUAUUUUCUUUUUUCAUUUAUUAAUUUUAAUACCAAUAAUACCUAUUA